AUGCCUUCAUAUGUAGUGACAGGAGCCUCCCGAGGACUCGGGUUCGAAUUCAUCCGCCAGCUAUCCGCAGAUCCAGCAGCCAUUGUUAUUGGACUUGCCCGUGACAAGGCAGCCACUGAGAAGAAGGUUGCAGCCGAGAUCGGGCGUUCCAAUAUUCAUAUCUUCCAUGGAGAUCUCGUAGACUAUGAAUCACUAAAGAAAGCGGCCGAAGAUACGUCUAAGAUUACAGGCGGGAGACUUGACUACUUGAUCGCCAAUGGCGCCCUUGUCGGUUCUAUGUCAGCUUAUAGAAGUUUGAGCGACCUGGGUGACGAUCAUAAAGCCCUAGAGGACGAUCUACUUGCCGCCUACAAAGCCAAUGUCAUCGGCAACAUCAAUUUGAUCAAUGUCUUCUUACCCCUUAUCCGCAAGGGCGACGUUAAGAAGGUCGUCUUGAUCACAUCGGGACAUGCCGACUUGGAAUUGGUCCGAGACAUCAAGUUAUAUAUGGCCGGCCCGUACGCUAUGAGCAAAGCAGCCAUGAAUCUUGCGAUUGCCAAGUACCACAGCGAGCUAGGCUCAGAAGGGAUCUUGUUCAUGAGCAUUUCGCCUGGAGCAGUGCAGACGUCUGGAUAUACUGAUCCAACUGGGUUGUCAGGGAAAGACAAAGCUGGUCUUGACGCAAUGGUUAGCGGAUUCGCAAAAUACGCGCCGCAUUGGAAGGGUGCUAUCAUGCCAGACGAGUCCGUCAAGCUCAUCUUUGAGGUCAUCAAUAAGUCGAGUGUUGAAGGUGGGGAUGGAGGUUCCUUCGUGUCGCACUAUGGCAAUAAGCAAUGGCUAUGA